GAACAGUUUUAGGGUGAGCUAAAAGCAUGUAUUGGGAUUGUCUCAGUUAAUCAGUAAUCAACAUCCUAUUGGAGCUCUCAGCUGUCCAACGUCCCCAAUUACUGCUCCCUCUCUCCGUUCCUGGAGCUCCUCCCCUCUCCUCAAUCCCUCCACAUUGUUCUGGAAGCAGCAGAAGCACUUCUACCUGCCGCGCGUUGGUGACGUAACGCGUUGUAAACACACGUGACUGACCGAAUGUCGUUGCCAUGGUUGAACCAAAGCAGCGUCAGAACAUAUGACGUCAUUAGAACGGGAGUAUACAUGAUCACAACUUGCUACAACAUUUCAGUAGCUUUAGGAUACUGAAGUGAGCAGAGCUGUGAUUAUCGGUAAAAAGAUAAUGGCUAAUAACAGCAAAGAGAUCAUCAAAAUCAACAUCUCUGAAGAAGACUUGCUGUCCACCGAGGACUCUUGUGCCGACUCUUUUGAUAAGAGCUCCCUGGUCCUGAGUGCACCUGCAGAGGAUGCACCGAGCCAGGCCGAGGAGGGUACACUGAUUGAGGAGGACGAGAGACCCGCGUGGAGCAGCAAGUUCCUCUACAUCCUCGCACAGGUGGGCUUCUCGGUGGGACUCGGCAACGUGUGGAGGUUCCCCUACCUGUGUCAGAAGAACGGUGGAGGAGCAUUCCUGGUGCCCUACAUCAUCCUAUUAUUUUUGAUUGGCAUCCCACUGUUCUUCCUGGAGCUCGCCGUGGGGCAGCGGAUCCGUCGUGGCAGCAUUGGGGUCUGGAACUACAUCAGCCCUCGCCUGGCAGGCAUUGGCUUUGCCAGCGUUUUGGUUUGCAUCCUCAUUGCCCUGUACUAUAACGUCAUCAUCGGCUGGAGUAUCUUCUAUUUCUCCCAGUCUUUUCAGGAGCCCCUGCCUUGGAAUAAGUGCCCUCUUAUCACCAAUGCGACAGGCACAUACAUAGUGCCGGAAUGUGAAAAGAGCUCUGCUACCACCUACUACUGGUAUCGUGAAGCUCUGGACAUUUCCGAUUCCAUCUCAGAGAGCGGGGGGCUGAACUGGAAGAUGACCCUCUGUCUGCUGGGCGCAUGGUUAAUCGUGUGUCUGGCCAUGAUCAAGGGCAUUCAGACUUCAGGGAAGGUGGUAUACUUCAGCUCCCUGUUUCCAUAUAUGGUGCUGUUUUGUUUCUUGGUGAGGGCCUUGCUCCUGGAAGGGUCUGUGGAUGGAAUUGUCUAUAUGUUCACCCCCAAGCUUGAUGUCAUGCUGGAACCUACAGUGUGGCGAGAUGCUGCAAUUCAGAUCUUCUUUGCUCUGGGCCUGGGGUUUGGUGGAGUCAUCGCCUUUUCCAGCUACAACAAACGGGAUAACAACUGCCACUUUGACGCCGUGCUCGUCUCGUUAAUCAACUUCUUCACUUCUAUAUUAGCUACGCUGGUUGUGUUCGCAGUGUUGGGCUUUAAAGCCAACAUUGUGACCAACAAAUGCGUCGAGCUGAAUACGCAGAAGAUAGUUGGUUAUUUGGGUAAUGAGAUUAGUUAUGACCUGAUCCCACCUCACAUCAACUUCAGUCGAGUGAGCCAGGAGGACUACCAGCAGAUGAUCGGGUUAAUUCGUGGUGUAAAGGAGGACGAUUUCUCCCAGUUGGGACUGGACAGCUGUGAUAUAAAAAAGGAGCUGAACCAGGCUGUCCAGGGUACAGGGCUGGCCUUCAUUGCUUUCACUGAGGCCAUGACCCACUUCCCUGGCUCACCCUUCUGGUCGGUAAUGUUCUUCCUCAUGCUGAUCAGUCUGGGCCUGGGCAGCAUGUUUGGCACCAUGGAGGGUUUCAUCACACCCAUCGUGGACACUUUAAAAGUCCGCAAGGACUUUCUCACAGUGGGCUGCUGUAUCUUGGGGUUCGUUACUGGCCUGAUGUUUGUUCAGCGAUCUGGAAGCUAUUUCGUGACCAUGCUGGAUGGAUACUCGGCAACACUGCCCCUUCUUUUCGUUGUGUUUCUGGAAAACGUGGCUGUGGCCUGGAUCUAUGGAACUGACAAGUUUUAUGAUGAAUUGAAGGACAUGCUGGGCUUCAGACCAUUUCGUUACUACUAUUACAUGUGGAAGUAUGUGACUCCGCUGCUGCUCCUGGUUAUGCUGGUGGCCAGCCUCAUUCAGUUGGGUCUGACCCCUCCCAGUUACAAUGCUUGGAUCCAGGAACUGGCUCAUGAGCAAUCCCUCAGCUUCCCACCGUGGGCUCUGGCAGUCUGCAUCAUGCUGAUGAUAAUCACCAUCCUGCCUUUGCCUGUAGUCUUCUUUCUGCGAUCCUGCAACAUCAUCAAAAACAAAAUCCCCAUCACGAAAGAGGAGGACGAAGUGGGUGACGCCAGUCAGGGAGAGACUCCCAGUGAAGCAUCGUCAUCCAUGCCUUCCAGUAGCAGCUCCCGCAAGGAGAGCAGCGCCACACAAACCGACCCUGAGACCAACGACCACCACAGCAACAAUGAUGUGGUGGUCGAAAUGUGUGUGUAGUGUGUAGCCUGCUGAGCAAAGAUACUUCCAAAAAUAAGACUCAGCAAUUAGUUUAAAUUUUAGUGUUUGGACCACAGUCUGCAAAAAUAUUUUUAAAUGUUUUAGUUUAGAUCACAACCCAUAUACAAUGUUAUGUGUGCUUCUUCAAUUGGAGGAACUUGUAUUGGUAUUGUAGCAGGUGAUUUCUGUAAGGAUAUUUUUAAAGUUAGCAAAAUGUUAUAUUUUGUGCGGGUCGACCCGAGGAGGAUGGGUUCCUCUUACUGAGCCUUGGUUCCUCCUAAGGUUUCUUCCUCUUAAUAUGAGGGAGUUUUUCCUUGCCACUGUUGCCGCCAUAAUCUUGCCACUGUUGGCAUCACUGUGGUGCUCGCUCAUAAGAGGCUUGGACCCGUUUCUCUUUUUAAAAGUAAGGAAAACAAUAUCAAGCCUCCAGUUAAAGAAUCCACCCAGUUAUAAAAAAAUACUCAUGUUUUCACUUAAAGAUAAUAAAACUUUUUGCAGACA